AUGGCGGACGUAGAUGUUGCGCCGACCUUCGGCGCUGAGCUCAAGGAUGGCUUCAAGCCCGCCAACACUUGGGUUGCUCACGGCAUAUCCUGGCUCGACGAAAUACAGCAAUUCUACCGCGAAAGGAGUGCCAUCGAAAAGGAAUAUGCUGCGAAGCUCAAUGCCUUGGCCAAGAAGUACUUCGAAAAGAAAAACAAGAAGUCAGCGCCUCUCAGCGUCGGCGACACCCCCGCCAUGACACCAGGUUCUCUCGAAAGCGCUUCCUUGACUACCUGGUCUACGCAGCUUACUACACUCGAAUCCCGAGCCGACGAACACGAUCGAUACGGCAACAACCUCCUCUCUCAAGUGGCUGAACCCCUCAAGUUCCUCGGCACCCGUUUUGAAGAGCUGCGCAAGCGCCAUGCCGACUAUGCCGGCAAACUCGAACACGAAAGGGACUCUCAAUACGCGGACCUGCGCAAGACAAAGGCCAAAUACGAUGCUGCUUGUCAGGAAGUGGAAAGCAAGCGCAAAAAGUCUGAAUCGUCCUUUGACAAGGCCAAAGCGCAGAGCGCCUAUCAACAGCAGAUUCUAGACAUGAAUAACGUCAAGAACACAUACUUGAUCGCAAUCAAUGUCACUAACAAGCAAAAAGAGCGGUACUACCAUGACUACGUUCCCGAGGUCAUGGACAGUCUGCAGGACUUGGCUGAGUUCCGUACCAUGAAGCUGAAUGGUCUGUGGACGGUCGCAUCCCAAUUGGAAGCGGCUAUGCUGGAGAGCAGUAAAGGAUUGAUGCAAAAGCUAGCAACCGAGAUUUCCAGAAACCAGCCUCACCUCGACUCUAUGAUGUAUAUCCGUCACAACCUCGGCGCAUUCCACGAGCCACCAGACAAGGUUUUUGAGCCUAGUCCCGUAUGGCAUGACGACGACUUGAUGAUUGUAGACGAAUCCGCCAAGAUCUAUCUCCGUAACGUACUCAGUAAAUCGAAAGCUCAUCUCGGAGACCUGCGCAGAGAGGUUGACAAGAAAAGACGGGAGGUUGAGGGUAUCAAACGUAUAAAGCAAAGAAUACGAGAGGGCACCGAGAAGAAGGAUGAAGUUCUUGUGGUUACGCAAAUUUUCGCCUUGCAGGAAGAUCUCCACGCCGUCGACAGGCGGAGAGUGACCGCUGAAGUCGAGACGUCCACCAUUACCUCGGCUGUGGGAGACGUGACACUUGGGGCGAAGAACCAUAACUUCAAGGCGCAAACCUUCAAGAUUCCAACAAAUUGCGACCUUUGCGGUGAAAGAAUAUGGGGAUUAUCAGCCAAAGGCUUUGACUGCAGGGACUGUGGCUAUACGUGUCACAACAAGUGCGAGAUGAAGGUUCCAGCCGACUGCCCAGGCGAGCAGACGAAGGAUGAACGAAAGAAGCUCAAGGCCGAACGCCAAGAGGCUGCCAACUCGCUGUUGAAACCGACCGCGUCCUCUCCAACCGUCGCAACAGAUUCGCCGACCCUAACGAGAUCGAAUACGAUGAACUCCUUGAGUUCAGGAUACGCGCAUAGCGCACGUCGGUCGAUCACUGGGGGCCCGACAUCCCCGAUAGAUGAGGUUCCUCCUGAGCCAUCGACACCCCGCCCAGCUGCUCCUGCGUCGACCGUAAGCUCUACUACGGCCCGUAAGAGGGUCAUGGCCCCGCCGCCAGCGGCCUAUAUCAGCGAACUACCUGGUAGCGCGCCGAAUGGGUCGGGCUCUCCAGACCAGCAGAAGGGCAAGAUGCUCUACACCUUUGAAGCUAGUGGCGAUGGUGAAGUAUCUGUAGUCGAAGGCCGGGAAGUCACAAUGCUAGAACCUGAUGAUGGCACUGGCUGGGUCAAGGUGCGCGCAGGAUACAAAGAAGGCAUUGUGCCCGCCAGCUAUGUCGACUGGGCACCACCAUCGCCCAUGGUCGCGCAGAACACCGGAGCGUCCGCCCGGCCCGAGUCGACGUACUCCAACUCUGGCUCCUCGAUUGGGACAGCGGGACCGAAGAAGAAGGGGCCGGCAGUCGCUCCGAAGCGCGGAGCCAAGAAACUCAAGUACGUGGAGGCGUUGUACGAGUACACGGCGCAAAGCGACGCAGAGCACAGUAUGACGGAGGGCGAGAGAUUUGUCCUCAUCAAGGACGAUCCGGGCGACGGUUGGGCCGAAGUCGAAAAGGGCGGCGCAACGAAGAGCGUGCCUGCAAGCUACGUCCAGGCAGUCUAG